GGUGCGCAUAUGCGCGAGUGUUCUUUGGUUCUCCGGGUAAAGAUGGCGGAGCGCGGUUACAGCUUUUCGCUGACUACAUUCAGCCCAUCUGGUAAACUUGUCCAGAUUGAAUAUGCUUUGGCUGCUGUAGCUGGAGGAGCCCCUUCAGUGGGAAUUAAAGCUGCAAAUGGUGUGGUAUUAGCAACUGAGAAGAAACAGAAAUCCAUUCUGUAUGAUGAACGAAGUGUACACAAAGUGGAACCAAUUACCAAACAUAUAGGUUUGGUCUAUAGUGGAAUGGGUCCAGAUUACAGAGUGCUUGUGCAUAGAGCUCGAAAACUUGCUCAGCAGUAUUAUCUUGUUUACCAAGAACCUAUUCCCACAGCUCAGCUGGUACAGAGAGUAGCUUCUGUGAUGCAAGAAUACACCCAGUCAGGUGGUGUUCGUCCAUUUGGAGUUUCUUUACUUAUUUGUGGAUGGAAUGAGGGACGACCAUAUUUAUUUCAGUCAGAUCCAUCAGGAGCUUACUUUGCCUGGAAGGCCACAGCCAUGGGAAAGAACUAUGUAAAUGGGAAAACAUUCCUUGAGAAAAGAUAUAAUGAAGAUUUGGAACUGGAAGAUGCCAUUCAUACAGCCAUCUUAACCCUAAAGGAAAGUUUUGAAGGGCAAAUGACAGAAGAUAACAUUGAAGUUGGAAUCUGCAAUGAAGCUGGAUUUAGGCGGCUUACUCCAACUGAAGUUAAGGAUUACUUGGCUGCCAUAGCGUAAUGAUGAAGUGACUGAACAAUCCAGAAUUUCAGAUAAUCUAUCUACUUAAACAUGUUUAAAGAAUGUUUUGUUUUGCAGACUUUUUGCAUACUUAUUUCUACAUGGUUUAAUGGACUGCUGUUUUUAAAAAUGACACUUAUAAAUCAUAAUAAACUGUUAAAUUCAACUUGCAGCUUUUUAGGAGUUAGUAAAAUUUUAACACAGCUAUUUCCUGCUUUUUAUCAUAGCUGAUUUCUAGAAACUACAUUGCAAAGCAGAAUGAUGAAAUCACUCUUCAAUUUUGGUGUACUUUUGGUUAAGUCAAAUCUUGUUGCCCCAUUUACCCCAGGAUGCUGCCUAUUUCUUAAAGUAAAGUGCUAAUUUUGGGAAACACUGCUUUUAGAGCUGGGAGAAUAUGCAGACUUUCAUGGACUCAUGAGACAAGAUAUGAAGCAUAGGUGUUAGGCACCAGUAAGUGUGUAUCAGUGAGGUUCUUGAGUGCCCUGUGUGAAUGUAUUGGAGCUAUGAAGAGGGGUCAGAUAGGUCUCCUGUGGAAGAUAUGUCAAGUAAAUAAACGACAAUUUGCUGGUUCCUGUUGGUUUCUCUAUCACAAGUAGGUAAGCAUAUUUAGAAGGAACCCUAGGUGGUAUUAGGCUUGUGUUUUGUUUUUUACUUUUGGAUAGGAAAAAUGUUGUCUGCCUUAUUCACAGCAAAGAGUUUAUGAACAUUGUUAGUCUUACUAACUUGAAGAGAUAAUAGGCAAAUAAAUGUAGUUCAAAAGAUUUUGAGUAAGAUUUAGCUAAGUUUAGGGGAAAAGUUUAGCUUUAGCCUUGCCUUGGAGCAAUUUUGACAGGAGUCUCAGUUCUACUAUUUGCCAUCACCUUAACUCCAUAUAUUAUGAGUAGUGGAAAUGUUUUAAGAGAUAGUAGAUGACACAUUGAUCUCCUGUUUUAAGAUGUUUGUAAUGAAGCUUCAUCUGAUAAUCUCUUCUUAUGGGCUGUUGGUAUAUUGUGUCUCCAGCACACUAGAAAGUGAAUGUGUAGUAGUAGAAAAGAAUGGACCUUGAAAUAGGUCUCAGCUUAUCCACUUAUAGGCUAAGUGACUUGUACAAGUUAAUUAUCUCAGGCACUCAUUAAAGGACUUAAUUUGAUAAUGCAA